CUACAGUUUGUAUUCUUCUGUCAGUAACCUGUGCAGACGAUAAAAAAUGGGUUUGGGACAAUAACAGUAGAAGCAGUAGCAGGAGCGCUUCACUAAGGGAUCCGGAAUAUUUUAACAGGCAGGAUGCUUCAGUGAGGUACGAAGUAUAUGAAAACGAAAGACCUUUCAAUAACUAUCCAACUAAUGGAUUCAGCGAUAGACCCUACAACCAAAUACCUUCCGAAGUCGGAUCAUCAUUUAGACCAAGACCUAAACCCAUUUCCAGUGAUGGUUUCAGACCAGGAGGCUUAUAUGCCGAAACCAGUUACGGGUCUGGAUAUGGUCAAGGUCAAGGUAAUUAUGAUUCAGAUGACCGACCAAUUCCGGAUAUACUUACAGGACCUAUUCCUUCGUGGGUGAAAGAAGGUCCAUACAAGGAGUUCGAUCGAUGUAAAUGUGCUGAAAAAUUCAAUUGCAACAGUCCUGGAAUCUCCUAUGGCCACUGUGAUGUUGGAAAACAAUAUUGUUGUUAUUCUACUACCAAAAAAAAUCAACUAGGAGGUCCUCUACCAUCAAGACCAGUUCAUUCAUCUGAAAAUGGUAUUUUGGUAGGUCCAGGGGGUCCAUUCGAUAGACCAAAUACAUUUCAGAGACCUCAUUUCGGAAAUGGGUUAGGACCAAGGCCAGUAGGAUCCUUCAGACCUGGAAGUGGUGGGUUUGGGCUUGGUGGACGACCUCACCCAGGAUUUGUAGGUCAAAACAGCAAUUCUCCAGAAAAUGGAAUACUGAUUGGCCCUGGAGGACCUUAUGAUAGACCCAUCCAAGGUUAUGACUUAGAUUUCAACCCAAGAUCAGCUGCAGAUGCUUCGAAGAGAAAAUCAUAAUCAUCGAAAACUUUUUCCGUGGCAUUUUUCUAGAAAGACAUUGUGUGAGAGUCGCUAUUACUUGAUUUACAGGUUUUCAAUCUCCUUUCGCCCAAAAAUAAAUCAAUCUAGAUCAACAGAACAGAAGUAACUGCGAAUUAGAACUCUGUAGAGUGUAAUCAAUCAGUAACUAGUCAUAUUGAUGAAUAUUACUUGUCAGAAAAGAUGAAUUAAUUAAAAAAUACUUUAUAUAUUCUUCAAAAAUAGUUAACGGUUCGGAAAUCACUCUCUUAGUUUUACUUCAUCCCAUUUUAUGAGAAACAGCGUUCGGGGUGUACUUUUCAGUUUAUCAUUUAAUAUAUUCGAACAGAUUCUAUGUUGAUCUAAAUGAAUUGAUUCUUCAAAUUGUGAUGGUUGAGAACUCAUAAGUAUCAAGGAACAUUCCGUGGAGUCUUUUGCAAGAUCAACUCUGUUCCAAAGUCGAUACAAUUUGAAAAAUCAUCAUUGAAAUAAGUAUUGGUCAAUUCCAACAGGGAUGCCUCUUCCAUCCAACACUGGAAAACGGAAACAUUAGUAUAUAUUGGAAGUUUGUGAUAUCGUUGAAGGUUAAUGAUUUUUAUCGGGUUGAGAGUUUGGAUUAAUAAAAUUAUAAUUCCGCGAAAAUGCAAAUAUCAAUAAAUCAUCAUCAUAUUUUUCUAAAGUAUUCAA